CUUACUUGCACUCGCUCACACUAGCCAGCCUACGAUUCCUCCCGAUCCCUCUUCGAAGACCUCACUAUGGCCCCCGCAGUGAUCUACGGCUCCCAAAUAGAGGAGGCCCCGCAGCUGCUUAACAAGGCCGGCCUGAAGGACUUCUCGUCCGUUGCGAACGGAUCGUACGACUGCAAGGAGGACUACAAUGGCGACUACCGCUUCGCGCCCAUCGAGGAGGCGCAGGUCUCCCGUGCCAUGAUCAAGCGGUACUUCAACAUGAUGUACGAGCGCGCCGUCUCGGACGUCGUGAUCAUCGGCGCGGGCAGCGCGGGCCUCUCCUGCGCGUACCACCUCGCGACCACCCGCCCCGACCUCAAGAUCACGAUCAUCGAGGCGAACGUCGCCCCCGGCGGCGGCGCGUGGCUCGGCGGGCAGCUCAUGACGCCCAUGGUCGUGCGCAAGCCCGCGGACCGCUUCCUCGCCGAGCUCGGCGUGCCGUUCGAGGACGAGGGCCCGUUCGUCGUCGUGAAGCACGCCGCGCUGUUCACGGCGACCGUCCUCUCGCGCGUGCUCGCGCUGCCGAACGUCGUGCUCAUGAACGCGACCGCCGUCGAGGACCUCAUCGUCCGCCCGGACCCCAGGUCCGCGGACGGCACGGGCCAGCGCGUGGCCGGCGUCGUGACGAACUGGACGCUCGUCGCGCUCAACCACGACACGCAGAGCUGCAUGGACCCGAACGUCAUCACCGCCCCGGUCGUCGUCAGCGCGACGGGCCACGACGGGCCCAUGGGCGCGUUCUCGGCGAAGCGGCUGGUGAGCAUGGGCUUGCUGAAGGAGCUGGGGAACAUGCGCGGCUUGGACAUGAACCGCGCGGAGCCCGCGAUCGUCAACGGCACGCGCGAGGUCGCCCCGGGCUUGAUCAUGACUGGCAUGGAACUGAGCGAGCACGACGGUUCGAACCGGAUGGGCCCCACUUUCGGCGCGAUGAUGGCGAGCGGAAUCAAGGCCGCGCGCGAGGCGAUCCGCAUCUUCGAGUCGUCGCACAUCGUCGACGGCAAGAUCAUCGCCUGAACGUGAGGGGACGGGUGCGAGAGGAGGAGGGCUUACGAAAUACUGGCGAAUAGGUAGGUAGGCAUUCAGAGACGCCCAUAUCGGGCGCGCAAGUACUCCCUCUGUAACAAAAUCAAAUGCACCAUUAGCACAUACAAGCAAUGUACCCAGCACCACUCACGACGUCUACAUCAAGUAUAUAUAUACGAAGCAUC